AUGUGUAGCAGCAUGCAGCCACGCUCUGAGAGCCUCUUGGAGGCAUCCUGGGGCCAUCUUGGAGCCCUCUUGGGGCAAUUUUGGAAGCCUGUGGGGGUCUCUUGGAGCCCUCUGGGGGCCCUCUUGCAAGAGGAGGUUGGAAGAACUAACUCCUUAAACUACCUACGCCCAGAGGGCUCGAGGGAUUCGCUCAUGUCUACCUCCGGCGCAGACAUUCGCAUGACCACGCUGCCGCAGAAGUUGAAGCAGGCCGAUCCGCCAUUCCAGACGCACCUGUUCGGAAAGUGGCAUUCUGGUGCGCGAUCGGUUGCGAACCUUCCGAUCAAUCGCGGUUACGAUUCGCACUUGGGAUUCUUAAAGGGUAUGGAGGAUCAUUACACCCAGAAGUCGGAUUUCGACGGCUACUCGCCCAAGUAUGUGGAUCUGUGGCGCGACCACGGCCCCGCCGAUAGCAGCCUCAAUGGCACCUUCUCCGUAUUCCGGGACACGCAACACGCAAUUGCUGCACUAGACAGGUAG